GAGGAGAGGUGCCAGGUCUCUCUGUCAGCUGGAGAGACAGAGGGAGACAGACAGAGAGAAAGACAGAGAGAGAGAAUCAAAGAAAAAGCAAAGAGAGACAGAGAGGAACAGAGAGAGAAGGGGGGCAGAGAGAGAGAGAGAAAGACAGAAAAAGAAAGAGAAAGAGGGAGGGAAAAGCGAAGAGAGGCAGAUUGAGAGGACAGGAAGAGGAACAGAGAGAGGAGAGGAGGAGCAUGGCGGAUGUGGAGGUGGAGGCACCAACGCCCCCGGAGGCUCAGCUGAAUGGGGGUACAGAUGAGCCCCUGGCUGGAGGCGUGGAGGAGGGGCAGGGGGACCCCAAAGGCCCCGAUGAGACCAAGAUACAGGAGGACCUGCAGGAGCCCCAGGACCCCAAAACACCGGGAAGCCCCCAGGACCCCAAAACACCGGGAAGCCCCCAGGACCCCAAAACACCGGGAAGCCUCAAGGAACCCGAAAAACUCGAAAGGCCCCAGGAACCGAAAGAAACAGGGGGGUCGCAGGAACCGGAAAAGCCUGAAAGCCCCCAGGAACCGGAAACGGUAGGGGGCCCAGAGGGGGCCCCUGAGGAACCACAGGAGGAGGACACGGCGCCGGGGCCGGACGACGUGGUGUGCGACUCCUGCAUGGACCGCCCCCGCCGGGCGCUGAAGUCCUGCCUCACCUGCCUGGUGUCGUACUGCCAGGCCCACCUGCGCCCCCACCUGGAGAACCCCAAGUUCCACAGCCACCGGCUGGUGGAGCCGCUGCGGGACAUCGAGCGGCGCACCUGCGAGGCCCACCGGCGCCCCCUACAGCUCUACUGCCGCGCCGACACCUGCUGCAUCUGCCCCGACUGCGCCGAGCAGGAGCACCGCGGACACAACACCCAGCCCGUCAGCGCCGCCCGCAGAGAGAUAGAGAAGGAGCUGAGUAACAAGCAGCAGGAGAUGCUGAAGACCAUGACGGCUGCGGAGAAUGCCAUCAACAAGCUUCAGACCAACACCGUGUCGAUCGAGAACUCGGUGUCGGAGGUGCGGGAGGUGAUCGAGCGGCGCUUCUCGGAGCUGCAGGCUGCGGUGGAGCGGGCCCAGCGGGUCGUGGAGGAGGUUCUGGAGGCGGAGGAGCGGCAGGCGGUGGGGCAGGCCGAGGGGAUCCGGGCCCACCUGGAGCAGAAGUGCGGCGAGCUGAAGAAGACCCAGCUCCAGGUGGAGCGGCUCGCCAAGGCCCACCACGACGUCGACUUCCUGCAGGAAUACUCAGAGUGGCGGAAGGACAUGGUGGAUGUGACUCUGCCCGGGGUGUACAUCGGCCUGAAGGACCGGCUCACCUUCUUCAGCCAGGCGGUGUCUGAGACCACCAGCGAACUCUGUGACCUGCUGCUCUCCACCUACAGGGAAAAGCUCAGCAGCAAGAAUGAGAAACUGGGGAUUGAGACAACAGUGAAGACCAUCCUGGCCACAAGGCAAUACAGCCACCAGCCUGAGCCGGAGACCCGAGAGGACUUCAUGAAGUACUCCACGCCGCUGAGCUUCGAUGCAGACACGGUGCACAAGUUCCUGCGUCUGACGGAGGAGAACAGGAAGGUGACGAACACCACGCCCUGGCAGCACAGCUACCCGGACACGCCCGAACGCUUCGAGCACUGGCGGCAGGUCCUGGCGCUGGAGAGCUUCUACCUGGGCCGUCACUACUUCGAGGUGGACGUGAGUGGGGACGGCGCACACCUGGGCCUCACCUACAAGAGCAUCGACCGCAAGAGCGCUGAGAGCAACGGCUGCAUCACGGGGAACGGCUUCUCCUGGUGCCUGCAGUGGGACGGCCGCCGCUUCUCCGCGUGGCACGGCGACGUGGAGACGCCGCUCCCCGAGGCCGGGAAGUUCACGCGCAUCGGCGUGUACGUGGACUUCGCCCACGGCGGCCUGGCCUUUUACGGCGUGGGCGACCCCAUGACCCUCAUCCACCGCUACCAGGCCCAGUUCCUGGAGCCCUUGGUCCCGGCAUUCUGGCUCUCCAAGAAGGAGAACGUGGUGCUGCUGGUGAAUGCGGGAGACCCCCUCCCGCUGAAGAGCCCCUCCCCGCCCUCAACACCCCCCAGUGGAGCCACCUCCUCCCCAGCACAAGAGCAAGAGUCCUAACACUAAAAAAAAAAACUACUGUCUUAACAAGUGUUUUAGUCUUGUAUUCCCUGCUGAUCUUAAGUGUUUUAGUCUUGUAUUCCCUGCUGAUCUUAAGUGUUUUAGUCUUGUAUUCCCUGCUGAUCUUAAGUGUUUUAGUCUUGUAAUGCCUGCUGAUCUUAAGUGUUUUAGUCUUGUAAUGCCUGCUGAUCUUAAGUGUUUUAGUCUUGUAAUGCCUGCUGAAAAAAACAGCUCAAGCCAGUAGCUUGGCCAAGCUGGCCGCUCAUGCUCUGCUACACCAGUUUAUGACCAGUUUGACCACAUCAAUUUUCAAGCUGGUCAAGUCGGCAUAGCUAGAUUUUACACCAGGGAUGAGGCUUGAAAUCUUUUUUUUUGCUCUCAAGUAGAAAGGUUUUAAGUUACUGUACUGUGCUUAGAAAGUGAAAUGUUCUUACCCCAUAAGCAAAUCUUGAAAUUAGGAAAACUCUCACCUCAUAAGCAAUAUUUUUGUUUUGAAAUUUAAAAAAGUAACUGAAAUAAGCGUAAAUAUAAGACUAAAAUAGGAGUUGAGGAAUUCUGCAAAAGGUUGCUAAAGGACCUUGUUUACACUGGUUGCAGAGUCUUCACAAAGCGGCGACCUGCAGCCAUUUUCAGUAACAGCUGCAGCUCCAACUGGACUCAGAUACUGUGAUUUUUCUAUUGUAUGGGUGGUGUGUUCUUCUCUCUCAUCUACAGUGGUGACACGGCUAUUAUCUUUAUAUACUGUGAUUUUCUACAUUGCUUGACUUUUUAGUAUUUGCCAAUAAACGCACAUUACUCUUGUCCUGUUCGCGGCUGGCAGACGGAAGACGGCUCUUUUGAACAGCAGGCCCCUGUGGUUCCGUGUUGUGCAUCCUCCUGUCACAAGCAAGUCGCAGCUCCUAGACCUGAGCUGUACAACUUCAUCUCCCUUCCGGCAAAAACGGACCGACAGUCUGUAUGUCUCUCUGAAAUUAGACACUCGGCUGCUUACAAGUGUAAAACAUAAUAAUAGAUACAUUUUAUUAUUAUUUUCAAGCAGAACACUGACUAAUGCAUCUCAUUGUCAUUAGAGCAUCUUUGGAAUCUCAGGGUUAAUCAGGUUAGCUAAUCACAAAAUAAUUGUGUGUAAAAAAAUACAUUCAUAAGAUAAAUUUGAUGAUGCUUUCACAACUUAUGCAGACUACCCUUCCAGCUCUGACUAAACAGCUGAAGUAUAAGUUUUUGUAAGGCAUGAGAUAUUUGAGUCAUUCAAGUUAUCUGCUGAAUACUUUUGGAGAGUGUGGCCCCAACAUUUUGUUUUGUGGAAUAACAUAGCUUUUGUUUACUGGCUUUUUAUUAAGAGGGAAAAAAAUUAAGCCUAAAUAUUAUUCUUACAGUGCAUGCAGAACAUUUAAGAAAAAUCUACAAUAUUAGAAUUGUAGGUUGAAUUGUAGCGGACUCUAUUGACAUAAUUCACCAUAUGUGGUUUGGUAUAUUGGUAACACAUGCAGUUGUAUUGUGUGCCUAAUGUUAGACACGGUCCCUUUAAGAAAGCAGAGCACGCUGGGACUGAACUCUUCGUUUGUUAUGGUGUGUGGCUGUGGCGGUGACGUGUUGCCGGUCUGGUCUAUGGUACGUUUGGUAUGGCCAUGUUCUCGGUUCGCUGCUAAAUAAAUGAUACACGCAUUCGUGUAGUCAAAGAGAGAA